AUGAGCAGACAGCGGCCUCUGCGGGGAACUUGUAGCUGUGGGCGGAAUGUCUAUUCGGUGGUUGUUCCGACCACCGCCACCGAACACGCACAAGUGUUCUUUGACGACAGCUCUCCCUCCCGACGAGCACAGGCUACACCUCUGACAGCAUGGCUCAGAGUGCCGAUCGAUUGGGUCUUCUCCACAACAGUAGCACAAUUCCCCAACGAAACACAUUCCUCGAUCCGACGCAUUUUCACACCCGCCGACGAACCACAUUGCAAACGAGUAUUCUGCGGGUUCUGCGGAACACAUCUAUCGUAUUGGACUGAGCAGCCUGCCGAAGAAGCUGAGUACUUGAGCAUAACCCUAGGGAGUCUCCUCGGAGAAGACAUUCGUGCUCUACAAGAUCUUGAUCUACUACCGGACGACGUCGAAGCUUCACUCAGUAACCCAGAUGAUCCCCUCGAAGACUCAACAGUAGCCACAACAGCUCAACCCGAUCGGGCCCUCCAACGAAGAAGCAUCCACGGCGGCCGCCUAGGAGACUUAGAUUGGUUUGGGGAAAUGAUUGAUGGAAGCCGCCUUGGUCGAACUCGAAAAAUGAGACGAGGAAUGGGUUUCACUCCAGACGGAACGACACAACUCUCAUGGGAAGUGUCAGAAUACGUUGAAGGAGAGGACGAGGAAGAAGAAACAUCGUCAAACACAAAUGCGGCCGGCUCGAAACGGAAGAUUGGAGAUGUCGGCAGUGGCGACGACGUUACCAUGAAGCAGUGA